CUCUCUACCUGUCAGAAAAAACAUCUAUGCAAAUCAGCUCUCCCUCUCCACCAAACAAACAUCAUUUAACUAGGAGGAAGGCAGGUCAUCACCUCGCUAUAUAUUAAUCAGUGGACUCAAGCGUUAGAGAUCAGUUGACUCUGCAAGCCUACAGAUGGAAGUCAUGUGGAGGGUGGUACUCACAGUUAGUCUCCUCUGGUGGGGUAUCUGCUCCUCUGAGGCCAAAGUCACCUGCAAGGAUAAAAACGACCAUGAGGUGGACUGGUAUAUCCUAUACAAGGUGCCCAAACUGAACAACAAAGCCCUUAGUGGUCUGGAGUAUUUCUACAUUGAUUCAGCUAAAAAUGAAUGGCAGUACCCUAUCAACAACCCUAAAGGUGUCCUGGCAAACACUCUGCAGCCUCUCCUUGCUCACAAAACUCAAACAUCAGACUUUGGAUUCAUUUCCUACAAUGAUCAGCCUGCAGGGUGUACCGCUGACCAAGUUUUUGGCCACAGUAAAGGGGUUGUGAUGAUGGAUAAAAAGGAUACUGGGGUCUGGCUGCUACACAGCACACCAAAUUUCCCCUACGAUAGAAAACAAGGCAAACUCUGGCCUGAAUCUGGAGCACAACAUGGUCAGACCUUCAUCUGUGUAACAUUCACCUACAGCCAAUUCGAUCAAAUAGGUAAACACCUCCAGUACAUCAGGGCUUUCCCAUUUGAUUAUUUCAUCCCAGAUGGCUUUCAUCCAGUGCUCAACUCUGUUGUAAAACGAGAAGAUCUCGAACCAAACAAUCCUUUCUGGGACCAGGACCUGAUAUCACAUGGUGACCAAAAGUUCAAAAGCUUUGCAAAAUACAGCUCAAAGUGGACAGAUGCCCAAGAUCUCUAUUUUCAUAUUGCCAACGACUUGAAGAGUGACCUGGCUGGACAGAGCUGGAGGGGACGCAGUCAUGAUAAUUCAGACUGUUCAAAGGGGGACAGGGCCGUUAACACUAUUGAUUUUGUAACGAUGACUCGGAACGGAGUGAAGCUUGAAUGGAACGACUGCCAAGAUCAUUCCAAGUGGUGUGUGACUGAAGAUCAUAGCAAUCCAUGGACCUGUAUUGCUGAUUUGAAUAAAGCACUAAGCCAGGAUGAGAGGCCUGGGGGGGCACUAUGCAUCAAGAACUCAGAUGUAAGAGAAAAGUUCAAGGGGUUCAUUGGGCAUAAAGAAGACUGUCCACGCAAACGACCUAAACCAGGCUAGCCUUACCAGUCUGCAUCACUCUAAACCCUGGUUUCCUCUCCAUGGUUUCCUGUCUUUCUUGAUUUAUCAGCUUUUAGUGAUUUUCAAUAUUCUGCCAAAUUCUGAGACCAGCAGUUAUCAAAAAGAGGCCAAACACCUAUCUGAGUAGAAUGAAAUGGAUGGAAACCUAUUGUAACAGUUAGUCUCUUGUUAAUGUGAUAUAGCCUAUAGGAAUUUAUAACUCCUGGAGUAUUUUCACUGUUAACCUGUUGUUAAUGGGCAAUAAUGAAAUGUAAGUCAUGUACUGCCACUGUCAGCCAUAGUUUCACCUGAGUGAAAUAUUGCUCUGAGAGGACCCAAAGGAUCCGUCUUGUAUGAAAUUAAUGAAAUCUGAGAGAACCA